AUGGCAGCGAAGUGGUUCAAUGAUCCAUGCACACGAUUAGAAUCGGAGUCCCCGGAUGUUGUCAGCGUUGGUGACCACGAGGCGCACGCCAAAAAUAUAUUUGACAAGUACUUUGUAGCCAACAAAAAUAGGGCUUUUGCAAACGGCUUUUCUUACGAGGGAAGGGAUCGAGUUACUCAGGAGUGGCUAAGUACGGUUCUGCGUCGUGGCACUAGUGCGGAUCGUGUGUUGGCCUUGGCCUUCAUGAUUCAGGAAAACCCUCUCUCUUCUUUGCAGCACAUUGAAAGUCUGCUGACCUUUGUUUCGCCUGUCAAAAAACAGCUUUGUAUGAAAGCGAUAGACGUUCUCUCUAAUCUUUUUGAAAAUUAUCUUCUUCCGAGCAGCCGAGCUCUCAUUGGUUUCGAGAAUCGUCCCUUUAAAGUUCUGGCGGGGCACCCAGAAGCGCUUACUGAAAAUCUGGCACCUAAAGAUGCUCAGCAUGAAUCCAAACUGCCUCCCAACUGUCGCGAAAAUAUUCUUGCUCUAUGGUACUACGAGCAUAUGCUUAAACAGUGUUAUUUUCGAUUUUUGACAUCUUUGGAGAAUGUUUUAAGACGUGAAACUAUUCCAGUAGAGAAAGCUAAAGCGUUGAGUAAGCAAAAGAUUCAUCGUAACCUCUUUCUUCUAGACGCUCUAUUUGCGAUUGGUAUUGUGGUGAAUAAGCUCGGUGAUCGCAGUAAAGGUUUUGCGUCCAGCGUAAUUCACAAGUUGCGCAUAGUGUGUCAGCGCUACCCUCGCCUGAAAACAGUAGUAGUGGAGCAAAUCCGCAUUUUCCUCUUCCGUCCAAACCUGCUUAACCGGGCUAAGUACUACGCCAUUGUGUUACUCUCCUCUAUGCCUUUGUCGAAGAACGCGCAGCUCUCCGCCCUGAUGGAGGAUGCUAACCCUGAUGAUACUAUUGCCGCCGCUCUUUUUCGCAUAUACCUUUCCUUCUUUCGGGAGUCGGUAAGUUCUAAGGAGCUACCGGAACGCCUUACAGCCGCUCUCCUUGCUGGCAUCAGUCGUGUUGCCCCAUUCCUCUCGGUUAAAGUUAUGUCUGAGAACAUCACGGACGUCGACGCUAUCUUCAGGCUGGUUCAUGUGACAACCAAUUUCACAAUCAGUCUGCAGGCUCUCACCUUUCUUUUCCACUUUGCUUCCCACCAGCAACGACUUCGCGAUCGCUACUAUCAGGCGCUCUAUCGUAAGCUCACAGACUGUGCAAUUCGUUGGACAGCGCGCGGUCCUUUUCUGCUAAAUCUGCUCUACCAGAGCUUAUCAGCAGACAUUGAUACUGAGCGUCGAGCUGCUUUCAUUCACCGCCUUCUCUCAAUAUGCCUAAGUCAUCCAAACUCUGGUUUUGUGGCUGGUUCACUAAUUCUUCUUGAGAAACUCUAUUUAUCUGGCAAGGCUAACCCGAUAGGUGCUGCUGCUGACCAGUCAACUGAGCUACGAAAAGAUUCACAAUGCAAACUUCCUACAUCGGUUGGUGUUGUCAAACCGAGUCACCGCUCAAAUAUAACUGCGAUUGACUCAGAAGAAGAACACUUCUCUGACGUUCCUGCAUCAGAUGAAGAGGAAGAAGCAGACGACACAGUAGAGAAAAAAGCGAAGGAAACCUCCACAAAACCUAUGGAGGGCGUCUGGGAGCACCGUCGUCUAUCCCAAAAGACGAAGAAACGGUUCUUCGGUGCUGCGGUAGGCUAUGACAGCUCAGCACGAGAUCCGCGCUUUGCGCGAGCUCUUAAUCAACCCUGCUGGCAACUUUCCUUGCUUUCCAACCACGCUCACCCCUCCAUUGCCUAUUUUGCCAAAAACCUGAUGGAUCGGAGCGUUUUUAAGUACACCGGUGAUCCCUUUGAAGACCUAUCGGUGGCUCAUUUUAUGGAACGAUUUGUCUACAAGAAACCCAAGCCUACUUCAGUUGCAAAACCGGGCAAGGUGCUCAUUGAUGGUGGUCCGAAGAAGCAAGUCCAUGCUAAGACACUGGCUCCUGACAGCCUAGCUUACAGAAAUCUCAAUCCUGAACAGGUGCCCUCUGACGAACGCUUCAUUCACAGUUACUUUAACUUUAUCAACGCUCAAUCCAAAAAAGGAAGAGGAAGUCAUAGCAGUGAUGAGUCGGACCUGGACAGGGACUUCGACCAAUAUCUCAGUGGGUGGACUCUUUCCAUUGAAUCUUUUGUCUUACCCGUAGACAGCUCCCUAUACUUCUCUGUUUUAAAUUUUCCAGGAAAGCAUGAAAAGGGACUAAUUCCAGAUGACGUGGAUGAAGAUGAUUUAUGUGCUGACUCUGAUUUUAACUACAGUAAGUUACUCUUAUUAUAG